AUGACGUUUGUCUACAUCUUACAGUGUUUUUUGAAAGUUGGACACUUGAGGGUCGGUGCGCGCCAUGCAGGCUUCAGCAUCUACCCCCCACUUCCGGGGCAGGAGAGCUCCCUGAGGUGGGCAGGAAAGAAAUUUGAGGAGAUCCCGAUUGCACACAUCAAGGCAUCCUAUAACAACACACAGAUCCAGGUCGUAUCUGCCACCAACCAAUCACUCGCCCGCACAUCCUGUGGCACAGAGGGGUUUCGGAAUGCCAAGAAGGCCACCGGUGUCGCCGCACAGACGGCAGCCAUAGCUGCAGCGGCAAAAGCCUCAGGGAAGGGGGUGACACACGUCUGCGUGGUGGUGAAGGGCCUGGGGCCAGGGCGCCUGUCUGCCAUCAAGGGGCUGACCAUGGGGGGCCUGGAAGUGAUCUCCAUCACAGAUAACACCCCUAUCCCGCACAACGGCUGCCGCCCCAAGAAGGCCAGGAGGCUGUGAG